CACUGCUUUGUUGCUGCGAUGUCAACAAUCAUCCUUACAGUUUCUUCUGCCAUGUGACUGCACAACGAAAUCUAUCAACAUAGGUAGCUGCUUCUCUUUGCACUGCUUUGCAAAGGUCGACCUCUUUCCCAAACUUCUUGUUGAAGGCUUCCUUCCUUCGCUCCCGCAAAUCAUUGUGUCUUUCUUGCAACGUCAAACGCUCAGCAACAGUGUCUUUGUCCUCCCAAUCUACUCCUGAUUGACAACAUUACAUCGUGACUGAGGUCAAGGUAGUGUUAUACUCUGCUUACGCAAAUCACGCCCAAUCUUACAGUCUUUCUCAGGACCAUGGCUUCCCCUGUCGGCAAGCCUGAGCAAGGCCUUCCUCCUACGCAGUCAACGAACCUUCCAGCCGCAAGUACAGCAAACAACAAACAAACUGCCGCCGAAAGUGUGGGACGCACACGCUCAGAUCCCAUAGCUUCUCUUGGAACAUCUCUUUAUGCCCGUCCUCUGCCAGCCUUCGGCAAGGUUGGACGUUUGACACCGAUGGGUCCCUUUGGUUCAACUCCUCAUGCCACUUAUCUAGCACCUUCUGGCCACCCAAGAUCUUCUAAUUCUCCAAACACUGCGCCGUUCGUCAAUAACGUCUCUGGAUAUCUCGCACAGCAGAUAACCCAAUUUUCAAACAUGAGAGAUACGAGUCAGGGAUCUGAUAGCUCCACCAUGUCGUCGGCAUCCGCUCGCAUGGACGACGUCAGACCGGGACAAGAGGAGCUAAACAAGGAUCAAGGCUAUCUCCGCCUAGUCCACGGUCCUAUGGGAAAUCUGCAGCAGACCAGCCACACAAACCCCGGCCCGCUAGGCACCGCAGGAACAACAUUGGAAGAACUCAAGACGACACCAUUGUUUUCCGGUCAAGUGCUAAAGGAUGUACGGCAUGGAAAGAUUGGGGAUUUCACAGGUCAGGAUGAAGCUGGGAUUUUCCCUCAAUAUGGACUUCUAGGGGGCCGUAUUGAGACAUACUCGCGUUCGAACGCACUCUCUGUGCCACCAAUACCGACUACCGAAAAUCUCGUGUUCUCCAACAUAAAUGCUCCUUGGUCAGCAUUUAUAUGUGGCUCGCAGGGUGCUGGGAAAAGUCAUUCAUUGACAUGCCUGCUCGAGAAUUGUCUCAUGUCUGAGUCACCUGCAGCUGUCAAUCCAAAACCACUGGCUGGACUCGUCUUUCAUUACGACAGUUUCAGCGGCAAUGCAUGCACGCAACUUUGCGAAGCAGCAUAUCUCUGCUCAGCUGGCAUUCCGGUUCGUGUCUUGGUCUCACCAAGCAACUUCCACGCCAUGCACAAGUUGUAUUCGAACCUUCCAGGUUUGCCUGACGACGUUCCAAAACCCAAGGUCGUUCCACUUCGGAUACAGCAGCAGCAACUCGAUGUCACUCGCAUUAUGACAUUGAUGGCCAUGAACGACAAGGGGCACACACCAUUGUACAUGGAAGUGCUGUAUCAGGUACUUCGUGACAUGGCUAUGGAGAACAAUGGCAGCUCGGGUAUAGACUACCGGGCAUUCAAGGCACGUCUGGGAGCACAAGGAUUCAAAGGCGACCAACUUGGACCACUCGGACUACGGCUUCAGCUCCUCGAGUCAUUCCUUGCAGACCCGGACCAGUCGGCGGAAGCCCAGAAUUUGUUGGAUGGGAUCUUCACGUCGACACAAGGCACACUGACGAUUGUCGACCUCAGCUGCCCCUUUGUUAACGAAAACGACGCCUGUGCUUUGUUCACUAUCUGUCUGUCGUUAUUCAUGGAAAACCGCGGGGAUUGUGGUCGAGUCAUUGCCCUAGAUGAGGCACACAAGUUUUUGACAAAGUCUGGUGAGGCAGAGAAGCUCACUGAGCAGCUGGUCUCCAUCAUCCGUCAACAACGCCAUCUGGCCAGUCGUGUGAUUGUCGCAACCCAAGAGCCUACUCUUGCUCCGUCACUCAUGGACUUGUGCAAUGUGUCCAUUGUUCAUCGAUUCAACUCCCCGGCAUGGUUCAAGGUCUUGAAGGAGCACCUUGCAGGGGCAAGCCUCAGUAAUGACCAUGACGGUGAGGAACUCUUCCAGACUAUUGUGGGUCUGCAGACUGGUCAUGCUUUGGUGUUUUGUCCUACGGCGUCCCUGGAUGUCGACAAUGGUGCUGUCCGCCGCUUGGGAUCGGCGUACGUCAAAGCAAAGAUCAGAUCCCGAGUGGCCUUUGAUGGCGGCAGGAGUAUCAUGGCAUCGGGUGAGGCUGUAGCCGCUGGCGUUGGAGGAUUUGUUGGCGACAACAUCAUCCGCCCAUUCAAUCUUCCCGGCUCCAACCCCAGAGGCAAUGGUCCUGCUCGUGGAAUGGUCGCGGGUCCUUCCAGGCCAAGAACAGCGACAGCGACCUCCAUCUUGGCGGAAGCCGACGUCAGCAUCAACGAUGGCAAUGCCCCUGCCGCAAAGGGCGGUCCUCCUGUGCCCACUGAGCCGCCAGUGACGGUCAAUGCCGACAAUGCGGAGGUAUGUCUACGCGCUGAGGUGACCGACUCCCUCCAUCGCGAUGCGAAUACUCUGGCGUUCAAUCGGGUUCGAACUGCUGCAGCCGCGAAGGCAGGCUUACCUGCUGGUUUCUUCUCUGAGAAAACAUGGAUCAAGAGGAGCAAGAAGAUCAUCAAGGACCAAAUCGCGAAACACACAGAAGCAUAUCAUAUUCCGAAGCCGCGUAGCACUUGAGCGCACAACGACUGCAUAAGAUGUGGACGACGGGGAAGGGGUUUCUGUGGGUGCUUACGUGGUAGUAAGCUAUGACAGCAUCUGCUACCGCAGGUUGGCGGAUUAGGGGUCUAUUAUGUGUGUUUAGGAGCAACGGAAGUUGACUGGAGAUGCUACGAAGUAGGGACGCAGUUUGCUAUUUCAAGGAACAGUGGCAUAUGCAAUCUCCUACCAGGCCAUCAUUUUGGCUGCACGUGUGGCAAUGGCGUGUAGGAACUGUCUGAGGUAGAUAUCAAUAUGAAAGAGCUGUGCAUCGAUGCGUCUUUCCCAGCAUAGGUGUUUCUGGAGAAAAGCUUGGGCUGGCGUAGGUGGGUAGA